UUACAUAAAUGGUAGACCUACUUAGUGUCCUCAUAUUCUCCGUGCAAGGCAGUUGUGGGAACUGAAAUUGUGGAAGUCUGGGCUCACUCCUGAACACGUAGUGCUAAAAAUUAACUACCAACUAGUUCACAAAAUGGGAACUUUCACAAAAAUCCUAUUAGCUAGUAUAUGUGUUGCUUUCCUAGCUGUCAAGUGGACUGCACCCAGUUUUGAUGCAGAAUCUCUCAGAGGUGCCAGGGUGUUGGUGACUGGGGCCAGUACGGGUAUUGGUGAACAAAUGGCAUAUCACUACGCCCGCUUUGGUGCCCAGAUAGUAAUUACAGCAAGGAGGGAGAAAGUCUUACAGCAGGUGGCAGAAAAGUGCCUGAGUUUGGGAGCCCAGAAAGCUCUCUACAUAGCAGCAGACAUGGCCAGUGAGUCAGAUCCUGACAAAGUCGUAGAUUUUGCUCUGGAAAAACUCGGAGGGUUGGAUUACCUGGUUCUGAAUCACAUUGGACCGAGCCCCUUCAGCAUGUGGGAGGGAGAUGUAGAGCACACCAAGUGGCUGAUGAAGGUCAAUUUCUUCAGCUAUAUUCAGAUGGCUUGGAAAGCGUUGGCCUCCCUUGAGCAAAAUAAAGGAUCACUGGUGGUUGUUUCAUCGCUUUUAGGUAAAAUGCCCAGUCCCUUCGUGGCACCGUAUACCUCAACAAAAUUUGCCUUGAAUGGUUUUUUCGGGGCCCUUCAGCAUGAGCUGGCUAUGAAGAAGAGCAAUGUGUCCAUCUCUAUAUGUACACUGGGGCUCAUUGACACUGAAUCAGCUAUGGAGAAAGUCAGUGGAGUCACAAGUGUACCAGCCUACCCUGCCACAGAUGCAGCCUUGAACAUCAUCAUAACAGGAGCUACGAGACAGCUGGAGCUCUUCUACCCUUGGUUCACCCACAUUUUGACUGUGAGCAAAGACUGGUUCCCUUCCGUCACAAAUUAUGUCAUCCAGAACUCCUACAAUUACAGCCCAUAAAAAGAUUAAUUCUGUAACUGAUGUAUUCCACUACACAAAUUUAGACGUAAAGGUGCAUUAUACAACAUCAAUCCCGGGCCAGACUCUGAAUGUCGCAUAGAGCACCUUUAAUAUUCUAAUA